UUGGGUAAGGAGUGGUACGACAGUGCAGAGUGGAGCGCGCUCUUCUCGCUCGCUCCUGUGUCUUCUUUGUAUGCACCGCAUAGCCCGACUGCAGACCUAACUGUAAGCUUUUACUACGAGACUUAUUGCAAUAUUGGGAGAAAAAAAAUAGCGGAGAUACUAGAGAGGGAGACCAAGCUUGAGCACAAACUGCAAAGAAAUGCACGUUGCACGGUUGAUUUUACUACCAGAUAACCGGCACGGAGACGCCUAUGGCACAAUAAUCUUUUUUUUUUUGUAAUUCUUGGUGCUAGGAGAUUGAAGAUCUGCUUCUUGUGUAUUGCGUGCUGGCGAGGGCAACGUCACUCCUACCGAAGACACGGGAGACGUCAGAUUUUGCUGAUCUUAGCAUCUCUGAACCAUUUAGAGGAAGCUUUUGCAAAAACGGAAAGCGCUCCCUUCGGCAGCACUGUACCCCCCGCCCCCUUAAUCCUCCCUCCCGAAUGCGGCGCUGAUUUACAGACAGGCAGCCCUGCAGGAGGUGCAGACACUCCCGCCAGCCUCCCAAAUCCGUCGGGCUCUUCAGAUGCGGGGAGCUUGUUCCCGGACUCCACACUGCUAUCCUGAGGGAGGAAAGAUCCGCGGACUCGGGUGGUGAAAAUGAACUUCCAGGGGAGAGGAUUCGUUUAGGCGGCACGUCUUGAGUUUGAUCUCAGUUAAAUGUCUCAGGAGAUCUUGGAUUUUCGGUUUCGGAAGAGACGCACAGUUCCAGAUCAGACAGGCCAUCGCAGUCCCAGCAUUGGAGGUGGAACUAACUGCUGAUCCGGGCUCUGCAGCACUUACCUCGUGCUGGAGUAACACUUCCAUUUAUUAACCAGAGCAGAAAACUGCCGGCUUGAUCUCCAGCCGAGAUGACCGUGGCCACUGGGGACCCCACAGACGAGGUGUCAGCCCUCCAGGGUCACCCCCAGGACAUUUGCAACCCUGAGACUGAUUACGAGUGCUGCGAGAGGGUGGUCAUCAACAUCUCGGGUCUGCGCUUUGAGACCCAGCUCAAAACUUUAUCCCAGUUCCCCGAGACUUUGCUAGGGAACCCCAAGAAGAGGAUGCGCUACUUUGACCCCCUGAGGAACGAAUACUUCUUCGAUAGGAACAGGCCCAGUUUCGAUGCCAUUCUGUAUUACUAUCAAUCCGGGGGCAGGCUGAGACGGCCGGUCAAUGUGACGUUGGACAUUUUCUCAGAGGAGAUCCGCUUCUACGAGCUGGGGGAAGAGGCCAUGGAGAUAUUCCGAGAGGACGAAGGCUACGUCAAGGAGGAAGAGAGGCCGCUGCCGGAGAAGGAGUUCCAGAGGCAGGUGUGGCUUCUGUUUGAGUACCCUGAGAGUUCCGGUGCAGCCAGGAUAAUUGCUAUCAUCUCCGUCAUGGUCAUCCUAAUCUCCAUCGUCAGCUUCUGCUUGGAGACCCUGCCCAUCUUCCGAAAUGAUGAGGAGGAAAGGCAGAGGGCAGCUUUCUACCGGAUGUACCCCAACAGCACCACAACCUUCCCCUCCACCACCUUCACAGACCCCUUCUUCAUCCUGGAGACCCUCUGCAUCAUCUGGUUCUCCUUUGAGUUCCUGGUGCGGUUCUUCGCUUGCCCCAGCAAGGCAGGCUUCUUCAGCAACAUCAUGAACAGCAUAGACGUUGUGGCCAUCAUCCCUUACUUCAUCACUCUGGGGACGGAAUUGGCCGAGAAGCCUUCGGAUGGCCAGCAGGGUCAACAAGCCAUGUCCUUGGCCAUCCUGAGGGUCAUCAGGCUGGUCCGCGUCUUUCGAAUCUUCAAGCUGUCCCGGCACUCCAAGGGGCUGCAGAUUCUGGGGCAGACCCUCAAGGCCAGUAUGCGGGAGCUGGGGCUGCUGAUCUUCUUCCUUUUCAUCGGGGUCAUCCUCUUCUCCAGCGCGGUCUACUUUGCAGAAGCUGACGAAGAGGAGUCUCAAUUCAUUAGCAUCCCGGAUGCCUUCUGGUGGGCUGUGGUUUCCAUGACCACAGUGGGGUACGGAGACAUGGUGCCCACCACCAUUGGGGGAAAGAUUGUGGGUUCGCUCUGCGCCAUCGCUGGCGUCCUGACCAUCGCCUUGCCCGUGCCCGUCAUCGUCUCCAACUUCAACUACUUCUACCACCGGGAGACUGAAGGAGAGGAGCAGGCUCAGUACCUGAAGCCGACCAGCGUCCCCAAAAUCCCAUCCUCUGAAGAGCUCAAGCAGAGCAGAAGUGCUUCUACCAUCAGCAAGUCCGACUACAUGGAGAUCCAGGAGGGAGUGAACAGCAGCGAGGACUUCCUCGGGGAGAACCUGAAGGCGGCCAACUGUGCCCUGGCCAACACAAACUACGUCAACAUCACCAAAAUGCUCACGGAUGUAUAACUGCAGGAGAAGCCUUGGGGGCUGGGGGAAGGAACAUGGAACCAGUCUCCUGUGUAGAGGGUUAGCAACCGAGACGCUGACCCACUGCAGAGGAGAGCAGACAAGCGCAGAGAGGAAACGGAGCCUGUGCAGUAAACCCACGAGCACCACCACCGCCCCUCAACAUGACCAUCUCUCCUCCCAGCACUUCCAUAAUCCAAUCCAGCAGCCUGCAUGGGGUUAGUCUCGUCUGUGUGACUGUUUUAAUAGACUAACAGUAGCUAAAAAGUAGCAAAGAUUAAUCCUGACUCAUACAAGCCCUUCCAACUCCCUCCAAAGAGCACGCAAUACUUAGAUUUUCUUUUUUUUUAUCUCUUUUUUGGGAUGUGUAGAACUAACCAAAUGAAAGGACAAGGUCAUCUUAAUAAAGCAACACGACGCGAAUCAAAGCAAACAGGCAGAUAAUUGAUCCCGACUUUGCUGUAAGCUGGAGUGGAUGUCUCAGAGGAAUGUUCCAAACGACGUUGUGUAUGAGACACUUAGUGGUACUGUGAGUAAUGCACCCACAGUGAUGACAUCUGUGACUGUCCAUGACAUCAGCAUCAAGCACUGGGAUCAUCAGAACCUUCUUCUUCUCCUGAUGUCCUUUCCUUCACAGCUACGAUGCGUUUGUAGCGCUGGAUCUGUUGCAGUAGGGAAGGCUCACCGCUUCUGUUUCUGGGGUGUCUGUGGGUCUGCUUGUGUGUCUCUUCCCCCAGCCUCGUUUCUGAAGAUUACUGCAUUGGUUAUUGCAGUGUGCCAGGAUCAAGACCCAAAGGGAAAGAUGCUGGAAACGAGAGACCAGUGAUAAAUCUUCUUUAAAACCCUCCACCCCCACCCUUCUCCUAUCCAUCCCCCCAGCCCCCCUGUUAUUUAAAUCCAUGGAAGCUAGGCAUGCCUUGUUUAUUAGAUUUGUAACACAGCACACAGAUCUAACCGCGCUAUCAUCUUGGCAUUUUACUAACGAAGCAAAUGACAUUCCUAGCUCACUUUCAGGGUCACCAAAGAUUCAUGUACUGCCGCUACCCAAACUAUUUAUUUAUUUAUUUAUUUAUUUAUUUAUUUAUUUCAUUUAAUAAUCUAUUUCCAUUCAUUCUUCUAAUGCUGGGAAUUUAAAAAAAAAAUACUUUGGUGGGACCUGUCAAAAAGUUUGCUUCCUCUACUGCGUUUUAACGUAUAGGACCUAUUAUAUUACUGUUCGCAUGACAUGUUUGGUGGCAUGCGUUUGAAUAUGUACUAUAUUACAAAAACACAACAUAUAUGUCUAUACAUCUAUAUUUUUCUCCGUGGUAUAUUAACGCUGUAUGCAAUAUAUAACAAUAAGUCUUUUUUUUUUUAAUAGUUGUGUGACUUUUUGCUAUCAGAUUAGUUUUUUUUCUCAAACACUUAAUACUGUAGGUCGCUUUCAGGGGUUCAGGCACAAGAAGGUUGUACAUUUUUGGGGUGCGGAAAAGGGGACUAGCGAAAGAAUAUAAAAGCAAGAGAUCAGUCAGUUGACUGAAUAAGGUGGAUAUGGAGCCCGGUGAAGAUCGCAGAAGAGUCUGCUGUAACUGGGAACCGCUGAUGCUUCAUUGCUUCAGUUGGGAAUGUAAUUUGCCUUGUUCUAAUCACUCGCAGUUUUUAAUAAGAUUGAACUGAAUCAUCAUCAUAGUCUUGUCACUUUCAGCAGAUUCAUAAUCCACGCUUCUGUCCAGACUGGAAUUAAAAUGUCCUGCAGAACAUGCUGUUUGACUUGGUGGAAAACUGCAUCAGCGUUUCUGUAUAGGACUUGCUUUUCAGAAUAUGCUGGUGAUCUGUAUUGGGUUGACUAGCACAUUGCACUGUCCAGCUAUGCUGUAUUGAGUAUAGUGUGUUGGAUUUGCUGUUAUAGUUUUACCAUUCCAGCAGCAGCAGUCAGCAUGGGGUGGGUGGGGUUUUGGGAGCUCUGACAACCUUCUUGUGUUAUUCUAUUUCAUUCCAAACGCGUACAUUAUAUAUGUAUAUAGAAUCAGUACACGUAGAUGUGUUGUAUCUGCUAGCUCUGAGAGAACCAUUCCGCUCUAGUACGUAGCCAUGCUGAUGUACUGUGUGCUUUAGCUGUCUGGAUGUUGACGGACCUUUAAGGGUCCUGUCCUGUACUCAGAAUGGAUGACCUCGAAGUUUCCUUGAGUCUGUGAGGGUGAUGGGAGCAGGGAGAGAGGGAGAGAGAGAGGGAGAGAGAGAGAGAGAGGGAGGGAGGGUUUGAUUAAAAGCACAAAACGACUUACACUCCCAUCCCCACUUAACCUUUACCUUGCCCCCCCCCCCUCGGGUGUGCGCGUGCGUGCGUGCGUGCGUGUGCGCGCGCUUUCUGAAGGCUGCUGGGAUUGAACCGCCCUGUUUCCACGGAGACGACCAAUAAGGAUUCCUCAUCAAUAAAUCCUGGAAGGGGCCAAAGGCUCAUGAAUAAAAACCAGCUCACAGACUGGACACUGGGAUUUGGGUGUCGUGUGUGAUCAAGCACUUUCUUUGAGGAAUACAAUAUAAUACAGGACAUCCAUUCUGAGAGCAACAGCUAUGUUGCAGCAUCAUUGUCUUAAAAGCAAACGACUUGCACCGCGCUCACAGAAGAAACCUUUAGUCGCUUUUAUAUCCUAAUAACACGUAUAAUAAUAAUAAUAAUAAUAAUAAUAAUAAUAAUAAUAAUAAUAAUACAAUAAGAGUAAUAAUGAUGACAGUAAUAUAAGAGUAUUGUUACAGCACUACCACCGCCUGCAUAAUCAUAAAAAGCUGUUACAAUCUGGUUUAUUGUGAGAGCUUUGUUAAUUCAUGUCUUCUAUGAAAACAACACAGUCUGGAUCUUUUUGUUUUGGAGGUGGGGGCUGAAAUCCACACAGAUACACGCUGUCUCUCUAGCUGAACUGUCUACAGUAGUUGCUUCCAGUUUCAGCUCCUAACCCCCCUUCCGCAGCUCUCCUGGGGAGAUUAUAAGUCAGGAUGGGAGGUGAGACGACAGCGUGAUGGAAGGAGAGAGGGAUACGCUAACGAAUGCGUCGUCAUUGUUUCAAGGAGACUGUAUUGAUCGGGGUACUGGGAGAGUGCAGCUUUCCUCUGCAAUGCACGCCUUCUGAGAUUCUUAAAAUACAGACACAGGCUGCCAAACGGUGGCUAUCUUGAGCUGGUCAAUAUCGAGCUGAAACCUGUACCAACAAAGAAGCUGGUUUCAAAUUGCAGCGGCCCAAUGGAAAGCUAUGCAAGCAGCUGACCUCUCUCCCCAGGCUGCUGAGUUAUCGGACAAUAUGGAUGUUCUUAAUUUAUUCUUUUGUAUAAAAAAACAAAAAACAGCUAAACAAAAAUAAAAUGAAUAAACAUGAACUCUGAAAAGGAGUCCACUUAACAGGUGCACUUUACAGGGACUACUAGAGCAACGAUAAAGACAAUCUCAGGCUCUACAGGAACUAAGAUGCAUAUAAUCCUUCCACAUCAUAAACUCAAUGAUACUAAUAUUAAUAACAGUAAUAAUAGGAAGAUACUAUUUAUAACGAUGAUAAGGAACUGGCCAGGGUUUAUUAUCACACGGACUGGCAGUUGCCCUCUGGUUUUUGGAAUGGGGAAGUGGUUUGACCCUCACAGUACCCUCUCGAGGGCGAUUUGUAGAGAAAUGCGACUGGUCAGAAUUUACCAAGGAGGAACUUGGUGUAGAAAUUUGGAUUUGACUUAUAUUGAGGGGAAAAUAAGUCUAUAUGGCAGUUACAUCAUAUGACUACUAGUUGGUCAUAUGCGUUCCCUAAAAGUUUAAUUCAAAGGUAACUGAAAAAGGGCGGGGGGGUCUCUGAAAGCCUCUGAUCCUUUCAAGGACUCCAGAGUUAAAAGAAUUAAAGGAACAUAAGAUUCCUUGCAGCUGCGUGGUUUGCAAAGGCAUUUACCACGUGACCUCUGACCUCUCCAAUUUCUCUUUGAAUCUGCCUCAACCUCACGUUGUGACUCACCAUGGUAACCCAAAAUGUCAACCAAUCAGAGUUGCUGUGACACUGAAGUCAUAACCUCUGCAGUGACUCAUCAAACAAAUUGAAACGUUUGAGCUCCUGAGAUAUAUAUAUAUAUAUAUAUUUAAUCUUCUGAUCACUAGACAGCCACCUCGAAAUGUCCAGAUCCUCUUGUGAUUUCAACUCUAGGCACUCUAGAGUUCAAAGUGUUAAAGAAAGUGUUUAAAUUGAUAGGGGUACAGUAAAUAAACAGGCGGUGUCUGCAGCCACAGUGAUGUCAUGCACAGUGACCCUGCAGUGACAAUGCAUCAGUGAUCCAGGCAGAGUCUCGCCAUGGCCAGCAGGGAACUGGAGGGUUGUUUUUCUGCAGUCAGGUAUGCUGGGUAGUUGCUAAGGUAGGGAACACACACCGUUUAUCCCUUAGAAAUAACCACAUAGUUCCUAAAGGGAAAAUACAAUCAUCGCUUUUUAGUUGGCAGUGCUAACAUAAGGAAAGGCAAACACUUGUUUUAAUAGCUUUCUUUUGUAAACUUGCAUUCACUGAAGCCUUGUUAGCCCAUUGCUGGUCAUACUGCCUUUUCCAGUAAAAAUUGACAUAAAUCACAAAAAAAAACAAUACUGCAUUCAGUUAGUGCAGUGAAACAGAAAAUCAUUUUUUAUUUAAAUGCAGAACAAUGCCGUUCUGUGUGUACAGAUAAAAUCUGUGCACAGGGGAAGAUGUCUUUUUUGACAAACCCUUAACAGUGAUAUUGGAUUUCUCAUACAUGAUUUGUAAUGUACGACUGCAGCUAGAAGUCUAAGUGAGUUUUGAUAGAGGACAGUACAGGCUGGGUUGGUUGAUCCAGAAGGUGAAUUGGCUAAGCUGCCUUGCUUGCGUUUUGCUUUUCGUCAGUGAUGGACGGUGUGGUUCUGUGCAGAGCCUGGAUCUCUGGAGCCACAGUGUCAUUAAGUCACAGCACAGGGGCUCAUUAGUAUUCUGCAUGCGGAGUCCUAAUUGGCUGGGGCAGGUGGAGGUGCACAUUGUGUGAGCUGUGGGACAGUCUCAUCGAAGCUGCACUAUUUUGGGGAAUUAAUUUCACAUCCAAUUAGGCAAUGCCUUCGCCCCAGGCAAGCAACCCUAGACUGUGAACAAAAUCACAUGUAACAUUAACCUCCGUACAGUGGCUGCCCAAAAGUCCUACUGAUGAAAGCCAGUGCCUGUUAUCUGUAGGGAGCGUGUCUUGUUUGUGUGUUUUGCAUUGAGAGCCGUGACGCAUCCCCUCUAUGUAUUCUGCAGUACUUGCAGUCUGUCAAUGUCAGCAGGUUUUGGUGUCAAGGCCGGUCCUUCCUGUGUAUUUGACUUGAGUGUUAACUGAUCCCAUUUAGAUGUUCACAGGAAUACUACAGUCGAUUGACCUGUGCCAGGGAUCUCUCUCUCUCUCUCUCUCUCUCUCUCUCUCUCUCUCUCUCUCUCUCUCUCUCUGUGUUUCUCUCUCUCUCUCUCUCUCUGUGUUUCUCUCUCUCUCUCUCUCUGUGUUUCUCUCUCUCUCUCUCUCUGUGUUUCUCUCUCUCUCUCUCUCUGUGUUUCUCUCUCUCUGUCUCUCUCUCUCUGUGUUUCUCUCUGUCUCUCUGUCUCUGUGUUUCUCUCGCUCUCUGUCUUUCUCUUGUCUGCAUUUCUCUUUCUCUUUCUCUGUUUCUCUCUCAGUGUCUCUCUCUAGCUCUGUCUCUCUCUCAUCUCUGUGUUUCUCUCUCGCUCUCUUUCUCUCUCUCUUGUCUCUCUGCAUUUCUCUCUCUCGCUCUCCCUCGCUCUCUGUCUCUCUGUUUCUUGUUGGGAAGCAGUGGUCAUUAUUUUAAGGAGCUUAUUUGUUUGUUUUGUCAGAAAGAUGAUGAUGCAGGGCAGAUGCUGAAACAGAUUGCAGUGAUAAUCUGGGCUCCUGAUUCCUUCGCUUUGCUUUUUGUUUGUUUGUAGAUUUUAAAUCUUAGUCACACAGGGCUUGAGUCACUGUAGAGCUUGUUAAGGGUUUUCAUUGGACAUGUGGAGCUCCUUUGGUCUGUCUCACCCUGCCUUUAUUUUUCACCUAUCUGUUAUAGACACUUUUUUCGGAUUGAACUAAAAUAAUGAUUCUUAGCCUGUCCACAAUCUGCUACCUUAUAGAAGUCAUGACAGGGUGAGAAAGUCUUAAUCUCUUACAAUGUCAUUGUUUCUGAUCUGUCACGGAAGCUGGCUAGGGACCAGGUGAGUCAGCCUUGGCACUGCCCUGUCUAUAAUCCCCCUGGUAGAAUCUCAUGCAGCAAAAAUGGGCAAGAUUCAGAAAUAUAAACUACAAAUACCCUUAUUAAACCAACGCCAAGAGCAGCCAGAGACUCUGCAGUGGCAAUGGUUAAUAUCUCUACAGUAAUGGGUGGUUCAGUUACAAGGCUGGCAAAUGAUCUUCAAACAGUCAUCUAUUGACUAAGCAUUGUCUGUGUAUCCUGAGAAUUCCAAUAUCACUUCCUGGAACCAAACCACUUCCUGUGCUGAAGGCCAUGUGAUAUACCACACAGGAAGUGACUUCAUACCCGAUUCCUUGUUUUUUUGUUUUUUUUUUACAGCUGAGCUUUGUUCUUGAAACAUAUGUAUGUAUUAAGAAUGAUAAAAUAAAGGACCAAAAUGAAUAAAGUGUGAUCAUGCUACUAAUGCGAAUAAGAGGCAGGGACUUGAUUAAAACCCUUGGUUUCCUUUCAAAGAGGAUUGCUACAGCUGUGGAAACAUUGUAAUAAAUAAAACAAAGAAAUGGACUUUGGUGAAAGCCGAUAGAGAAGUUGUCUGUGAGGCUGGAUUCAAACAGCCAGUAUGCGCUUCUCUGCAGCUGUUGUGAGUUACCAGUCCAGCAGAUGUAAUGUCUGCUGAGGAACAGUGGUUACUGUGUUUGGAGCCCUUUCCAAAGAAGACCCGCAGCACGCCAGCUGGCUCAUUUAUAAAGCAUCUGCUGAAAGGAAAAAGUUGGUAAUCCUACAAAACACCCAAGACUCGCAUGAGGAUGGUCUUGUUUAUUUACAGGCUUGCUGGAGUAAAAGCAGUGUUUUAUAACCCACACGUACGUUCUCCUUUUACUUUAUCUCUUACCUGUUCGAUAUGUGGGUUGCAUGUCAUUGCAUUCUGAGUCGUUGCAACGUCAGAGUUGGCAUCUGAACUGCCUGGCAAGGGGGUGUCUGCAAACUGCCAACAGGGUUACCAGGAGUUAGGGGUUAUCUAUAAAUUACAAUAUAAGAAAAGGUGAGGUGGUGACAGUAACAGUGAGGCGGUUAUAAAAACAGUGGGUGUUUGCUAAUGUUUUAAACACAUUCUCAAACCUAGAACUUUAGCAUUCGUGCUUCAGUGAGAAUCAAUACACAGUAGGACUAGCGUGAUAACAGAUGUUUCAAGAUUUUUUAAAAGUCGCUGCAGUAAGCCGACAGUAAUGUGCAUCACGUAUCCAUUUCAGUAAUGGUUUUGAAAUGGGCCCCCACGUUUUAUGGAAGUAAUUUAAUGUUCCUUUAUCUGUCUGGUAGAGCCUCUCUAGCUGCAACACGUAAAGUGCUAAAUGAUUCCAUUCUGUGAAAGUUUAAUAUUUCAGUAUCAAAGAAGAAUAGCAUAAGACUAUAUUAACAUAAUUUCUAGUAAAUGGCAUCCCACGAGACCCAUAAUGCAGAAGCUCGGUAUCACUGUGUGUGUCCUGCUUUGUAAACAUCAGAAAUGGAUUCACAAAUUUGUUUGCUAUACUGCAUUCAUUUUAACCCCAGAAUGCAUGCAUAAGUUCUCAGUUUGUAACUUGUGUUUUCCACACAGCCCUUUUUCAGCAGAUGAAUUGAUAACCUGCAAAAUAACUGGUUCCAGACAGAGACUGCAGGGGUAAAAACGAUACUUGCAAUUUUUGGCUAAAAUAACUAAAUGCGUGGCUUUAUUUUUAUUUUUUCUUCCACAUUUCAAGAGGCCAAGUUUUCAUCGUUCCUCUUGCAUUGAAUUAAACAUUCCUUCUUCCAAAACAGGCAAAAGAAAACCGGCAAGCCUUUUCCAGCUGGUCUCUUUGGAAAGUUGUUCAAAUAAAUAAAAGAAGAAAGAAAGAUUAAUGGGCCGGCCAGCGCGGCGUUUGAAACGAAUUGCAGGCAGUUGGUUCUAAAUGUGUACACUCUGUACGUCACAAUCAUUCUCUGCUCGCUUGUUAUAUAUGUGAGUCAGUUCUGACAAGGCAGCCCAGUGAUUUAAUGAGACGUGUUUCCUUUGUGACUGCGCUGCAUGUUAAAGUGUGACUGGGGGAGGGAAAGGGGGAUCUAUGCUUCAGCUACCCAACCUGAACAACUGCAGCUCAGCUGGGCAAGUUCAAUCAGACCCCCGGAUUAUGAAGUAGAAGCACUGCAUGCAACGGCUGUUCUGCAGUGCGGCGAUUGAAUUGUACCUGCAAUUUAAAAUCACCAGGUACACAGUGCAUCUGCAGAUCAGCCAUCGUGAAUUACCACCCAAGAGCUGGAUUGCUGCAGUGAAGAACCAGAUAUGCACGCUCUCCAGUCAUUCUGUGAAUCUGGUUCCAGGAUCCCUUUAGCAGAAUUACAGGUAAUUGACCUUUAGAAAGACUGAAUCUUGCAGAUUAUCGUGCACUAAAGAUUACCGGGCAUGGUCAGCAGCUAUCUACCGCUGUUUAUUUCAGUUGAAUAAGGUCUGAUUAGAAACAGAAACUGACAAAUCUCAUCCUGUUUUUUAAAAUGCGUUUCCACAGAUCUUCGACUGCUGUUCCUAAGGUAAAGCAGUGUUUUUAUUCCUGGCUGUCACAGUCUGAAGGGUACUGUUAGGGUCCACUUCUCUGAUUGGUUGCUGGGUUUGUGGACCUAUGACUUCUUAUUGGUUCAAAUCGGGGGGAGGGAGGGGCUGGGAUUCAGUGGCUACUCUGUUUACAGGUAUAUUUUUAAUCCAGUGCAUGCCAGUGUUAGAAAUUAGCCAACGCAAAAGGUGUAACUUUUACUUCAAGUAUUUCCAGAAAUAAAUGGUGCAUUUGUUGUCGUCUGCCACUAUUUUAACAAACCUGCUGCAUCGUUCUUGCACUGAACCCUGGCACUUGAAUGAUAACAACAUGUCCGGACAUCACUUGUGUUUUUUGUUUUCUAAUGAAGUCAUUAAUAAAAUUGAAAACGCUUCAACCUUAUAUACCUUA